AAGCGUAUAGAGACCCUUCUCGGCAACGAGUCAACAAUCAAGAUGCUCAUUCUUUAUUAUUGCAGAUUUUAGAAGACUAGUUUAGAGAGAAAUAUUUACGAACAUGUGUUUUCUCGCAAGUAAACCGACUGUGGAGUACUUUGGUGUGUUUUUUUUGUUAGACAGGUGUAAUUGUCUGAGAGUCGAGUCUACUGCACUAGUGAGCUCGUAAGAUUACCAAUGCUACGGAAGCUCGGGACAAUUUUCAUAGACAGAAAUGUCUUGGCGCGAACAAAUGGUUUUGUGCGUAACUACAAGGCCACCGUAGGAAUUAAGCACCCAAAUAAUCGAAUGAUGGAACAACAGGUACGACAUGCUGCUCAAGAGCUCAGCAAAGUUCUAAACUGCGAUGAAGGGAAGUGCCUUAAACUUUUUCGUUCUUAUCCAGAACUGCGGAAUCGCACACUAUCACAGAUAUUGCAUGCUGCACGGAUGCUCAAAACGAGCUUUGAUAAUGAGUCUAUAAUAAGGUACGGACGAAUCUUGGCAAGACCAUGGGUUACUAUACAACACCAAAAGUACAUUCUUGAAGAGUUAGGUUUACAGCAAGUGAAUCUGCGUCAUGUGAUUGUCUUUCCUUACAUUUUACAAAGGACGUUAUAUGAACUCAAAACAGUUGAUAAGUUGAUUGCGCUUCAUAGUGAUGUUCUGACGGUUGUAGUGAACCAAAUACCUGACUGCCCGCGCUCUCUAACCGAUCGCCUUUUGCAGGUUUUACCUGCAGAAAGGUUGAUGUCGAUUCCAGUGGCGAAAUUUUGGGCAAUUUUUAUGACAGAGUAUUUAAAAGGACGAUUGAAGGUUGACGACUCGCAUGAGUCAGUAAAAGCCCCGAAUGUUGUAAUGCAGAGCGUACGUCUCAUGGAUGCAAAGCUUAAUAUUCUUCAAAAGAUACUCGGUUUGGAUUUGGACACCAUUCGAAGCAGUGAAUACUUCCUUACCCUCGAUACAUUUAACCUUCAGGCCCUCGUUGAUAGGGUGGACACCUUAUCGAGCUUUACAUUGGCCGAUUUGGCUCGAAAAGAGCCCAGUAUACUCUCAGCAGAUCCUGACAAUAUUUGCAAGGUCGAGUCAAUUUUAGAAGACCACGAAAUAAUGCCACAACAAGUAUGGUGUCAUCCUCAAGUUUAUCUUUACCAUGCGAACCUACUAAGCGAGCGCUUCAGUUUGGUCAAUACGUCGGUAGAUAUCGCAAUGCAUCGAGAAAGUCUCAUGUUCCUAAGGGUACUAACAAACAAUUGGGACGUGCAAAGAGAGAAUAUAGGCGUGAGUAAUCUAAAAUUACAAGCAACUAAUGAUCUGAUAAGGUACCUACAAAGGCGUCUCAAGAUCGUUGAUCAUAACGAAAAAAUGAUGUUCGCCACCAAGUUGAGACUUCACAAGACCUCUCUGCUCAGCUCGCCUAUGAACACUCAGUGUUCUGCUACUGUUCUCCUGGGUGAACUUUCUCUCAGUAAGGAGCAGAUUAUGGCAGCCCCUGGGUUGCUGUUACACAGUCAGGAAGUUCUGCGUGAGGGCUGGGCUGUUUUACAGGAACUGGACUACAUUAAGGAACUUGGUCUCGGAAAGGAAUGGCGGAAAUUCAAAUUUGCCGGUGAGAUGCUACUCUAUGAGAUCGAAUGCGGCAUAGUGAGGCAAACUGAAAAGGCAGACACCGAUAGGUUGCGGUAUCCCUCUCAGAGUAUUUAUUUUGCGAAGAGAGCUCACUGCAAAGAAUUUGACGAAGAUUUUGUAUACGGGGACAGUACUGAAAAUUCAGCGGAUACUGAAACAUGUAAAUCACAUACAUCGGAUAACUUGACGGGGAAUAUAUCUGCUACCUCGAACUGGCGUCCCUUACCGCCUGCAAGGUUCGAAGAAAUAAAAAUGAGUUCAAAGCCGGUACUAAAUUGCGCAGUCAAUAGCGAAGACGGAGAAGAUACAACAGACUCACCAAUUGAAUCUGCGAAAAAAAAGGUGCGCCCGUUAAGUCAACUCUCUUUCCGUUCGACAGUUGACACCCUUCUAGGAGAGCUUGGCUUCGAUCGAGAUACAAUCCAAAAAUCCAGCUUCUUGUAUAAUGUUGACAUAUCAAACCUUCAAGAAAUCAUACAUAGGAUACCUUCCUUGGCAACGUUUACUUUACGCGAGAUAGUUCGUGAGGAACCUAGGAUACUUACAGCAAAGGUCGACAAAAUCUGCGAAAUUGAAUACAUUUUGUACCACCAGAGGGUCACUCCUGAACAAGUGUGGUUAUUCCCUCUGAUUUAUGUUUGUAGGCCGAAUGUUCUGCUCAAACGCUUCACAGAGCUUAAUAAGUUAACGGAAGGUUCGGUUCAUCGAAAUAGUCCUUUGUUUUUGCGUCAGCUAGUAAGAAAUCGGAAUCGGCUUCGAGACCACGAACUACAUGCUUUACAACCGGAUCUUUUAAAGGGAGUGAAUCGGGACUUUCUGAAGUAUGUGUCAUCGCGUCUCCAAAUUAGUACCAAAAAGCAAAAGUUGGAUCUUUCUAAAAAGCUACGACUGCAUCAAUCCACAUCCAUAGGCGGGUGUUUGUUAACUGCCAAAGACUCUGCCAACUUUCUUAUCAGCGAGCUUGGUUUCAGUAUCGAACAGAUUCGUUGGGCACCUGGACUGCUAUUAUUCAAUUAUAGAGUGUUGCGACAGGCUUGGUGUAACCUCCGUCGCCUGAGCUACACGCAGAAGUUAGGACUUGGGGAUGCCUGGAAGAAAUCGAAAAUCGUCGGAGAGAUGUUGCUAUACGGAAUAGAAAAUGACCCCGAAUUGCACGCCAUUGAAGCUUCCGAGCCAUUUCAUAGUGUGUUUAAUACAGAUACGGGAGAACUGAAUAUGCAAACAGCGGAUGUUUUACUAUUUGAACCAGAUGCAUCGGCAGUCACAUCUGUUAAUAGCAGAGUUUGGCAUCUUCCACGACCUAAACAGCUGACUGAAUUGGAUACAGCCAUAUUUGGGGCACCUAUGUCAGAGAGUCGCUUUAGAACAAAUAAAAGCCGACAUUGUUUGAGUUCAUCCAAGAAUUUCAGUCAUCCGACCUACAGCAAAUGUCCAUUCGUAUUGAAGAAGAUUCAGCUUGGAUCGAACGUAUACUAUAAGCGCGUUCUCAGCAAGCCGAACUCAAAAAGAACAAGUUCGAUCAAAAUUAUACGGUUCCAGUCCUCACGCUGAUGAACGACAACAUGGAACAGUAAAGAAGGUGCUUGCAUAAAGUGUGUUAGAAUGACCUUAAAUGUAUUACAAAUGUACAUCGUGUAGAAAUGCGUUUGUUGCUGUUUUUAGAAGCCUCUCUAAUCUAGCGUUAUGUGUUCUGUAAGUAAGACAUAACCAUCCAAAAACUUCCAAAGAAAAAGCUGAAUAUUCAAGUCAAAAUAUGUGGCUGGAUUCUGUUAGGUCGAUUAUAUAUGUAGUGAGCAGCAUUAUUUUCAUAUUAAUAAUGCAUCGAAUCAAUGCGGAAAUGUACUAUACCCAAUACAUGGUGUAUUUUAUGAAAAUAAACUUUGCCUGAGUAUAUGGA